GUUGACUACCAUACAACCUUUAACCAAGCAACUUUAUUAAUUAGUGAAGAAACGCUAGAGUAGGCGGUUCUUAUUUGAAAAAGAGACACAAAAAAGUCAUUUAACAUUAGCUUUUACUGGAAACGGUUACAUUACAAAGAAGAAAAAUAUGUCUGACGGGUUUGAUCCAUAUGUGCAAAAUGGUGGUACAACCAUUGCUAUUGCUGGUGAAGGAUUCUCUUUGUUAGCAGGUGAUACCAGAAAUGUUAAUGGUUAUAACAUUAAUACCCGCUUUAUGCCUCGUGUACACGAAGUUGGAGAUGACUUAGUAGUUGGCGCAUCUGGAUUUGAGGCGGAUGCUUUAGCCCUUGUCAAACGCAUUCAACAGCGCAUUGAACUUUAUCACGACAAUCAUGACAGAAAGAUGAACGCUCAAUCCUGUGCACGAAUGGUUCGUACUUUAUUGUAUGGCAAACGCUUUUUUCCUUAUUAUGUUUACACCCUUGUAGCCGGAUUGGACAAAGAAAAUCUUGGAGAAAUCUAUUCCUUUGAUCCUGUUGGAUCAUACGAACGAGAAUGGUGUCGUGCAGGAGGUUCUGCGGCGAAUUUCAUUACGCCGUUUUUGGACAACCAAGUAAAUUUACAUAAUCAAUAUAUUCCUGGUACAAAUGGCGCUGAACCUAAACCUCACAGACUUUUAACAUUAGAGCAAGCCAUGAAGCUAGUCCACGAUGCGUUUACUAGUGCCGGUGAGAGACACAUUGAGGUCGGCGACUCUGUAUUAGUUAAGAUUAUCACAAAAGACGGUGUGGAAACUAGAAUUCUUCCUCUUAAAAGAGAUUAAAACAUUAUUUUAUUGUUUAGCCUUCACUUUUUCUGUGUGAGGAUUAUGAAGCCUGGUCAUGUUUUCACUUUGGUUACUUACUAUUACCUUUCAUAGAGAUUUCUCCCUUAUGAGCAGUUUUGCUACAUGUCUAUGUAUGAAUUUAUUCUAUCAUUUCUUUUA